GUCUCUUCUACCUGGUAACUAGUGAUGCAGCAGCAGGGGGCGGUUCUCCAGGUUCUAACAGCAGCUUCUAGUCAGACUCAGUCAGUCUCUUCUACCUGGUAACUAGUGAUGCAGCAGCAGGGGGCGGUUCUCCAGGUUCUAACAGCAGCUUCUAGUCAGACUCAGUCAGUCUCUUCUUCCUGGUAACUAGUGAUGCAGCAGCAGCAGGGGGCGGUUCUCCAGGUUCUAGCAGCAGCUUCUAGUCAGACUCAGUCAGUUCCUGGACUGAAGCUGAUAGAGAAACAUGGAUUCUUCAUCACUGCUCUGCUGCUGCUUCCUCCUCUUCUUCACCGUCCCUGCUGCAGAUGGGUUUGAGAAUUACCAGGUGGAUCUUUGUGAGUUCACCUCCCCUGAUCUGAAGGACAUCGAGUUCAGCAGAUCCUUGGUUUACAACAAAAAGGAGUUCUGCAGGUUCAGCAGCAGUUUGGGGAAGUUUGUUGGAUACACGGAGUGGGGGAUCUACCAGGCCAACUACUUCAACAAUCUAACUGGGUAUAUUCAAGGGCUGAGAGCUGAUAAGGAGAGAUACUGCCUGAACCACGUUGGUAUUGCCUACUCGGCUGUUCUGACUAAAUCAGCGGAGCCCUACGUCACCAUUUAUUCUGAGUCACCCUCUGGUGGUCAGAAUGCCAUGCUGACCUGCGCUGCCUACAGCUUCUACCCUAAAACCAUCAAGGUGAGCUGGCUGAGAGACGGACAGGAGAUCACCUCUGGAGUCACCUCCACUGAGGAGCUGCCAGAUGGAGACUGGUACUACCAGAUCCACUCCAACCUGGAGUACCAGCCCAG